CUUAUUGUCAGCUUGUGUAAUUAAAGAUUUCGAUUGUGUAUAUCAUUUAGUUAAAUUUAUUGUAGAAAAUGCGGAGAGUUAUUGAUGGCUAUAAAAGUGCUGUAAAAGCAACAAAUUAUACACCACUUGCUAGAAAUGCAGCACAAUUCAAUCAAUUUCGGUUGCCAGAAAUACGAAAAUUUUCAGUUGAAUAUUCGCCGGCUUGUUGGAAUUGCCAAAAGAAAUCGGAUUUAAAGCAAAAUAUGAUAUGUUCGGACUGUGGACACUUGCAGGAUGUUAACUCAGGAAUAAAUUACUUUAAGCUGCUCAGCUUUCCCAUUCAAUUUUCUUUGGAGUCCCAGAAAUUGACAAGAAGUUUUCGCCAGUUGCAGACCAUUGUGCAUCCCGAUAAAUAUAGUAAUAAAACCUCACGGGAGCAAACAAACUCCGCAGACUGGAGUUCCCUCAUCAACAAGGCAUAUAAAACGCUUUCCACGCCCAUAGAACGUGGUCAGUACCUUCUUCAACUGGAGGGCGAACAGAUGCCGCAGGAUAAUAGCGCCCUAAACAAAGAGUUUCUCAUGGCCAUGAUGGAGCGGAACGAGGAAGUGGAAGAUGCAGAAGACACCCAAACGCUGGAGAAUUUAAAUAUUCAACUCAUCAAGGAACUGGAGGAGAUGGCCCGGAGGUUAAAUGUCCUUUUCGAAAGCAAAGAUCUUUCGGGAGUCAAAGGAACCCUCGUAGAGAUGAAGUACCUCCUGAGUAUUCAGAACAGCAUUAAACAGAAGCAACAAAGUUUGCUGGGCAGCUGAAUUGGCAUUAAUCGACUUGGCAAUCGGUUCUGAUCGCACACACACACGUCCACCUGUUGCUAUCUAUCAGCUGUUAAGUAAACAAUAACACGGACUUCGUUUGUUUUAUAAUGUGAAUAAAAAUCGCGAUUGAACAGUUA